UAACAUUCCAGAGUUUUUAGCAAAAAAACAUAGAGGGGAUAUAAAUUUUGGCCCGUGACGACCAUCGCAUCGCAAAUCAUUAUCGAGACAAGCAUGGCAUGAUCUGACACAUCUGUUAUUAUUCCAGACAAUGGAAUCAACAUCUAUACUCUUUAGGCUGCAUGUUAUCAUAAUAUAUUCGAGAAGUUUUAUGUGUAUUCCUUACGAUAAAACAUAAAAUGUCAAGGGUGAAUUCAGGAGCAAUGUCAAAUAUUGGCAAACCAUCAAUUUUAAAUGUGAAAUGGGAAAAAAAUAAAAUAAAAGUUAAGUGGGAAGAAGGCAAAGGCGCAAUAAGGCACGUUUUAAAAGUGGAGAGUGAAGGCAAUAUUGUACUGAAUGAGGAACUAACUCUUACUAAGAAGCAAACAAAACAAAGCUAUACUUUUGAUAUGAAUGAAUAUUGCACAUAUGGGAAAUUUCUUAGAUUUAUCAUUGAAGCAACAGGAGAAGGAAAAAAAUUUCAACAAAUCGAAAAAGAAGUUCUAAUAGGUGGAGACUAUGCUGUGAAAAAUGUUGUUGCAAAGAAAGACGAUCAAAAUCCAAAGAGAAAUAUUAUUGUUUUAUGGCAAUCUCCCAAUACUCCCCCUCAAAGCUACAAAAUUAAAGUACAAGAAGUUCAACAGUCAUGGAAAGGUUCAGAGAAACUGAUAUUGGUUAAUGAGAUAAGUGCAGUGAAACAAACUCAAACAUUCUAUAAGUUUAUUGAACUAAAAACGAGUACAGAAUAUUAUUUUGAAGUCGCCCCAAUCUAUGGCAAUCAAACAUUAGAUGGAAGCAUUUCAAACAAAAUUAAAACUGACAAAAUUCUGGAUUCAAAGAAUGCUAAGGUUAAGGUUCCAGUCAUGAAGAUGGGAUAUGCUUAUGAUGUAAAAUUUAAGACUUCUUACAUUGAGAUUGAUACGGGAAAAGAAUGCUUUGCUUUGAAAGGGUACGCAUUCAAUACAAGUCGUUCAAAAACCAAAAUUCAUGACUGUUCUUGGGGCAACGGAGUUGUAACUUUUAGUUGGGAUUCGGUCGAUGGAGCAAAAAAUAUCAGUUGA